AUGGCCAAUUUCGCCCAGAAAGAUAAUUCUUUAUCCUUAUCGAUACAUGAUCUCGAAGGCUGUCACAAAAAUAAAACAUUGCAGUCCGAGAGGUUCCGGUUAGAGAGCUAUUGUGAACAACAGACAAGUCAGCCAAAGGACACACUUUUAAAGCGAAAAAGACGUUUUGCUACUCUAGUUCCGCAACGAACAACAGCGGAGUCUUUUUGGGAAAUAACAGAUAGCAAUAACUACACGGUAUCACUGAAUAACUCACCUGUACUUUGUAACGCAUUCUUUCCGCCGGUGGACAGUUUUUUCAGUUUGUUUAAGAAUAGUUUGUUCUUUUGGCGAACCAAGAAACUUUCGCAAAGGACUGCCCCGACUAUGGUGCCGAAGAACGAUGCUAACUCAUUAAGCCUACUGACAACUACAAUUAGGUCACUGUCGAGACUUAACACUACAAGCAUUACAUUCUUCGAUUGGAAACCCCACGAUUUGAAUUUAUCACAGAAAGGGCCAUCACAAGAAUCACUAGAUUUGGUUGUAUCAGAUGAAGAAAUGGCAAAAGUAGAAUUAAUUGGCAGAGAGCCUGACACAGAGCCUGUGCUGGAUGAAAACGUUGCUGAACAGAUACGGCAACAACUCCCUCGGAUCUCGCGGCUAGCGCCAACGUGGAAUCUAUUAUAUAGUCUCGAUCAAGACGGCUCUAGCAUGGCUACAUUGUAUCGCAAAGUAAAAGACAAAGGUCCACUAAUACUGGCAAUCAAGGACGAAGGAGACCAGGUUUUCGGCGCUUUCGUCACAGAUCCAUUCAAACCACGUACAUCUUUUUAUGGCACGGGUGAAUGCUUCUUGUGGAAGUGUAUAUAUGUGGACAAAGAAACACCUACGGUCAGAUUCUACCUGUGGAGUGGAAAAAACGAAUAUUUGAUAUUUAGCUCCAUUGAUUAUUUGGCUAUUGGUGGGGGAGACGGACGAACUGGCCUGUGGAUUGAUUCAGGUCUUGAAAGAGGUACCUCUGCUGCAUGUGAGACAUUUGAUAAUGAGGUUUUAUCCUCAACACCGCAAUUUGAUUGCUUGGGCCUUGAAAUAUGGGGAUUUAAGAAUUGA